UUGGUUAAAUUGACCUUUGCUUUCUUUGAUGUCUCUCAGGUUGGCUCUACAGCACUGCAGCUAGUUUUUAGUAAGUACAUGAAUAGCUUUGGGUUCAUUUGUGUGUGGUAUGUGGUAGCUGCCUAUGAGUCAUUUUAGUGUUGUAGUUCAAGGUGCAUAAGCGUUUCGGCUUAUUCGGUUGGAAGAGAGAGUUGCUCCAUGUACUUAUUUAACUUUAGCACCCAUCCACAAUUUAAUUUAUUUUCUGGAAACACUGGAAGCCCUGUGUACACUGUUCGUUCUGUCAGCUUCUUUGGUGGCUGCCUGAAAAAUUAAUUUCCUGCCCGCAAGUCUCAUAAAUUGUAACGCCUGAUUAUCUGUUGCUUUGUGUCCUCUAGUGUAAGAUGCUUUCUUACUACUGGCAGCAUGACUUGGUGUCACUCUGGCUUGUGCCAUAAAUGCAGUCAGAAAACCUCAGCUCAUCAGACUCAGUGGGUGAUGACUAGUGGAGAUGGAGACAGAUGGGCGAGAGACAUGAUGAUGACACUGUCUGCUGUCUGGGAUCACAAAAAGCCUCAUGGAAAGCUCCAGUAUGUCUAAGCGGCGCUCGUCGGAGAGGGGGGCUGGUGAGACAUCAGGUAGAGCCAGCAAGCUGCAGUGUCCCGGGAUAUCCGGUAGUAAUGCCAAGAGAGCUGGGCCCUUCAUUCUUGGGCCUCGCCUGGGCAACUCACCAGUGCCGAGCAUAGUGCAGUGUCUGGCCAGAAAAGACGGCACCGAUGACUUCUAUCAACUCAAAAUUUUGACGCUGGAGGAACGAGUAGACUCUGCUAAGGAGACCCAAGAGGAGAGGCAGGGGAAGAUGCUGCUGCACACAGAAUACUCACUUCUUUCCCUGCUGCACAACCAAGAUGGUGUGGUCCACCACCAUGGCCUCUUUCAGGAUCGAGCCUAUGAGAUUGUGGAGGACACAGAUGCUAACAAAAUGCGCAAGAUGAAAAAGCGGCUCUGCCUCGUGCUGGACUGCUUGUGUGCACAUGACUUCAGUGACAAGACGGCAGAUCUAAUAAAUCUCCAGCAUUACGUCAUAAAGGAGAAGCGCUUGAGUGAGCGGGAAGCCAUUGUCAUCUUCUAUGAUGUGGUGCGUGUGGUGGAGGCUCUUCACAAGAAAAACAUUGUUCACAGAGACCUCAAGCUGGGAAAUAUGGUGCUGAACAAGCGGACUCAUCGAAUCACCAUCACAAACUUCUGCCUGGGAAAGCACCUGGUGAGUGAGGAUGACCUUCUGAAAGACCAGAGAGGAAGUCCAGCUUACAUCAGUCCUGAUGUACUAAGUGGUCGACCAUAUCGUGGAAAACCUAGUGACAUGUGGGCGCUUGGUGUUGUUUUAUUCACAAUGCUGUAUGGCCAGUUCCCCUUUUAUGACAGCAUGCCUCAAGAACUCUUCCGCAAGAUCAAGGCUGCCGAGUACUCCAUCCCAGAGGACGGCCGUGUGUCAGAGAACACGGUGUGCCUCAUCCGAAAGCUACUGGUGCUGGACCCUCAGGAAAGGCUGACUGCAGCAGAGGUGCUGGAGUCACUCAGCGCCAUCAUUGCCUCAUGGCAGUCAGUUUCAGCAAUGAGUGGCCCUUUGCAGGUGGUUCCGGAUAUUGAUGAUCAGGUCAAUCACCCGGAACAAGAGGCCAAGGUGAUAGAAGAGUCUUCGCAGUACGAGUUUGAGAACUACAUGCGGCAGCAGUUGCUGCUAGCUGAAGAGAAGAACACUAUCCAUGAAGCCAAGAGCUUUCUCACAAACCGUCAGUUUGGCAGCAUCCCACCUGUAAGGCGUCUUGGACACGAUGCCCAGCCUGUCAGCCCACUAGAUGCUGCCAUCUUGGCACAACGUUUUCUGCGGAAGUAAUCCCUCAAUGACCUAUUCCAGACUCUGCCCUCCCAGGAAGUAAAGAAACCUGCAGACUCCAGAGAGGACUGGCAUAAACCAAUUCCCUUCACCCCGCUCACCCACAAAACUGAACUUGCAUACAGGAGGCCUGAGCUGAUGUACAGACGGCCUUGUAUGUAGGUGGGGUUUUGGCAGUCUAGGUGGAACAGAUAGAAAGUGGGUACCAGAACAAACUGCCAACCCAGAACUUCACUCCCCCUGUCUGAAUCCUCUUGUGAAACAUGGCAAGGCCUGCAGGAAGAUCUGAACCAAAGGUUCCUGUCUUCAAGUUGCCCACAGUCAGAUCUCACUGUGCAGCAAACGUGAUUGCAUAGUCUCACAUGGCCCCAACACAAGGCUCUGCCUGGAGUGUUGAAGAAACUAUCAACCCUGUGUUCCUCCUCCGUUGAGGUUGCCCUACUGUAACACUUCCUCUCCCAACCAAUUCUGGAUCCCCUGAGCAAUACGGGACCAGAAUCAUGUAGCAACCCCCUUUCUUCCUAGUGGUAAUGGUAUUGCCUCAAGUCGGAUCACUUGAUCACAGAUGUCACUUCUGUAUACCUCCAUUCCAACCUCCUUCCCUCACUCCUUCCUCUCUGUCUGUUUUCCUGUAAAGUUCCUGUCUGUAACUUUGACUUCAAAUCAAUCUACCUCUCUGUCUCUCUUCUGUUGGUAAACCAUGCUCACUGUUCUGAGACAAGGGAUUGUAACAAUUGAAUCUUGAUGCCACCAGUGACAUAGCAUUAAUGUUUUCUGUCAGUGAUAAUGCUUCGAAACCUUGUCAGUGGUUUCGAAAAAUUCAAAUAAGCUUUUUUAAAUCAUAAUUAAGUAGCAUUUAUCCCUAUAUUUGCGUUGAAGAAAGAACUGAAGAUCAAAGUAUGUGCAAGCAUCCUUUGGUAUUUGCAGAAUGCAUUGUCUCCCGCUUUUGCUCAUCCCUGUGGAAAUCUAUUUUUAGCAUCUAGGCAGCUAGUGUGAGGUACCUGGAAGUUACAAUGCCAAGAACUGAAUGGGGGAAAAACUGUUGGCUCCUCCCUGCCAAGGCAUAUUGAUAACGCUUCCACAGUGCCAGUAUAGUGACGAUCAGGCACGGUCUUGUUUCUAUUGCCAAAAAUCUUGCCUUAAAGUGCCCCUAUUACCCUUUGUAGGUUUCCCUGUCUUUUUAGUCUUGCAUGACUAUUUCCAUACAUGUGAAAUGUCUGAAAAGUUGGAGCCAAGUGCAGUUCAAGUGGAAUUAUUCUCAACUGUGGAAAAUGGUGCUCUUGAAAUGCCUGAAACUCCUUGCGUAUAUUCCCCUUUCCCCCCUCAUCUGCAUUACUAUGUAACACACUGGCAUUGUGGCAAAGGUUUGGCAUGACCUCAAAGGUCGAGCAGCUGUCUCAGCUACACGCAGACGCAGCCAGCUGCCUCAGUCAUUACUUCCUUGCCAGAGUCGCUCCUGCUAACUAAAAUGUCACAGCUAUAAGCAAAGCACAACAAAAGUUCAGUUGUUCGCUGCAAGCGUGAAAACUGCUUUCUUUGUCUACUCCCAGCAUCUGCAGAAAUAUGAACUUUUCUUUUUAAUGUUCACACACCAUAACGGUUAGGAAGCCGUUUAUGUGUUUGGUGUUGGCAUGGUGCCCGGCUAACUGUACUAUCCAUUUUCUUCUCUAGCACUCUGGUCACACUAAACUGUAUUUUAAUGCAGCUGAUUUCCCAGUAAACAUGUUGUCAUGUGAACAUGUUUCUGUUGCCACAAAAUGGACUGAGUAUAAAUGGUGGCACAAACACAACCCCUGUGUGCAAAUGAGCUGUCACUUUAAAGCCAUUUUCUGGCCUCUGCUGCGCUGUACUACAGUUUCUAUAAGCGCAAUGUCAUCUGACCAAAAUCCCCUUUACGCAAGUUAGGCAUGCAUGUGAUGGUUGCAUAUACUUUUUCCAAGCUUUCAUGGAAAAGAAGCAAAAAUGUGGCUAAAGGUUUGUUACCACUCAGAACGGGCAUUUGUCAGGCCAACUGACCAAUGAGCAGGCUUAAGGAAAGGGGGCAAAAAAGGGGUUUCAGUGCAAGUAAUGUACAGUGUGAGAUUUACCACCCCCACCCCACACUCAUGCAUGUGUGCGUGUGUGGACCAUGUAAACCUGUUCUCCCUCUUUAAGGCCUGUAAAUAAAUCUAAUAGGGGCACUUUAAAUUUACUUUUAGCCAAGGAAACCGGUACCCACAGGCUCAUUCAGAAUCAAAUGGCUUCCAGGUAUUUGACUUCCCUGUUUCUCUUUAUAAAGACGGAUUUGGGAUAAGUGUUUCAGUAUGAAUGUGAAUGUUUGACGUGUCUGCAGUGUCCAUGAGUGUAUGUUGUCUUUCGGGCCAGGCGAAAUGAUGGUCUGGGGCUGUUAACUGUCUCAGACCCUUUAAGCUAUCCUCCAAUCAUUGUGUUCUGUUAUCUGGCCUGCCUCAGUGGCAGACACUGUGAAAACUAGUGCAGGCUUUGCUAAAACCGGGCUUGACUGAAUGUUUUAGGGGAUGACAUUAAUGCUUUAAGAUUGGAAAUGAUCACAUAUCUGUUGCCAUUCUCAGGCCUCUCUCUUGUACAUGCUUGUAUUAUCUUAUGGCGUAGACUCCUGGCUGGUAAUGAAUACUAUAAGUCAUAGAAAAAUUCAAAUACAGACUCAGAUUUUAAGUUUAGUUGCUGGGUUUUCUUGGCAUUCUUAAGUGUUUCUUCAAACCAUGGCAAAGCUACUAACCAGUGACUGUUAGGCAUUUGUACACUGCAACUUGCCUUUGCAUAUUGGUACCUGCUUUCUAGGCUUAUUUAUAUUCAAACUGAUUGCAUGAACUUAGGCUCUUGAAUACUUUCAAAUCUUUACUACUUCCCCUUGUAAUUUCAUACUUUUAUUCACUUGUGUAGACUUUCUCCCAAACGUCCCCACUGGAGCUUGCAUCACAGACGCUGAUUAUAGAUGGUCCCAAAAAAAUUAAGUGACAUUUCAGACAGUGUCACUUAACUUGGGGUCUGUUUCAUUGAUUUAGACCAGUGAAGCAGACCCCACAUCUUUGCUUUAAGCGUCAGCUCCAACAGUGGUUCUACUUUAGCUCUGUUACUUUGAUCUUUUCUGCCCGUUCAUGAAAUGGUAGCAUUUUUAUUUUGUUUCCAUUCUUUGUAUUACUAAGUCUCUUUCCAUUUUGCCAUAAUGUCUGUGAUCACCUUAAGCUACACUAAUGAGACUGACUUUUGCAUAGUUCUAUUUUUUAAAGAAAACAAAAUGAUACUUGCAUGUUUUCCUUAUUUUAUAGGAGGGGUUGUUUUGUAGUGUUUUUGUUUUGUUUUUGUUCCUUUUCUUGUAUUUACCCCCCAAAAAACUCCCUACACUUGCUGGUCAGUAUGUAAAUAAUGCACCAUCAUGACUGCUCCAGUCAUUGUAUCUAUUCCACCCCAGUGAGAUACCAGCUCUGCUUCAACACAUGGGAUUGAUGUGUGCUUUUGCUCACGUUGGCCUUCAAGUACCACAUCUGGAGGCUGAAAUAUGUAAAGAGAGCUGUUGGCUUUCUCCCACCUCAAUGUGAAUUCCAUGGGUUAUACAGCAGUAUUGUAGUAGUAGCAUAGGUUCAGUAGUGGCUGUGGGGGUUUUCUUAGCACCAUAACUACUGCUGGAUUUUUACAUUGAUACUGUGGAAAGUGUCUUAACACCAUCUCCAGUGACACAUCUACAGUUUAGUAACUCAAGAGUUGAUGUUAUGUCCCCUGAAUCAGUGUUUCACUUUCUAGCUAGUGGUUUUUACCACAUUCAGUGUGUUUUACAGAGUUGUAUUGGUAGAUUGCGUUGUGGACUGAACCUCAUAAUUUCCAUGCUUUAACUCUGUAUAAAAACACGUGACUAUUGCAUGAUAUUUGGACUUGCCAGUAAAACUACAAGUUGUAGAUAAUUGGGUUUCAGAAAAGGUCAAUCUAAAUUGAAAAUCAACCUCCCCAACUGAAAGUAAAAAAUUUUAUACAUAUAUUUUUUUUCUCAAAUUUAAUUUUACCCUAGUUUUAAAGUUGUCAGUAUAUAACUGAUGUAUAGCUGACUGUUUCAACUGGAAACUUGGUGUAGGAUGUGUGGCGUAGUUUAAACCCAAUGGGAAAAUGUGUUGUAAGCUGCUUGGUUGGACAUGGGCAUCUAAAUACAGAAUACUGCGUAAUUGUACAGAUGAAAACACGUUUGUAUAAAAACAUAUUUUUCUACUUCAUCAGAUCUCUACAUGCAUGUCAGCAAUAAACUUUGAUAUGGAAACAUCAA